AUGGGCGGUGACGUCAUCACGGAUCGCAGAUUGUCGCUGAGCGGCAUCUACUCGUUCAUCACGCGCACCUACCCGUACUACCGCACCGCCGACAAGGGCUGGCAGAACUCGAUCCGGCACAACCUGUCGCUGAAUCGCUACUUCGUCAAGGUGCCACGCAGCAGGAGACCGGGCAAGGGCAGCUUCUGGCGCAUCGAGCCGCUCUCGGAGGCCAAGCUGGCCGAGCAGGCCUUCCGGCGGCGGCGGCAGCGUGGCGUGCACAGCGUCGGCACCAGGUCUCCCGGACCUGUGACGUCAUUGAUGCCAGCCGGUGACGUUUCGCUCUCGCCGUGCGACAUCACAUUCCUACCGGAGACCUGAGAGAGGGCGCGGUCAGCCGGACCCGCCGCCAGCGCACCGGAGCUGACGUGCCCCGCCGGCGGGUACCUGCGCGAGCCGGCGGUGCUGCGCUCGAGCGCCGCGGGGACGCCGUGACGUUACUUAAGGCCGGCGUG